AUGGACGGUGUCGUAAUAGCUAGACAGAACUGUAUGGUGAACCGUUUUGUGCAUGCCAACCGAAAAGGGCUGAAUCUGACACCUCUGGUCGUUUUAACACCAAGCAUAAGUGCCAAUGUGCUGACAACAAAGUCCCUGGAUACGAACUGUCUUUCAAAUUACCAAGAGAUUAUGCCUGGUGUAUGCGUCGCUGAUCUUGGUAUCGAACGGCAUUUCUGCGACGCACGUGCUAAAUGUGCAAGAUACGGGGAACAGAGCGGACAGUUAGCAUUUCUCAUGGGUAGACACUUUUUGAAUAUUACAUCCGGUGAUUCUAUUUCAUCAAAUAGCUGCACAGGACUGAAUCGAUUGUUUCAGGGACAGAGUUCUAAUAAAGUCUGGCGCGAUGUAGAUUCCAGAUCGCCGGGGUUCAUGAGAAAGACAAAUGAAUUUCGGUGGGCACCAGCCGAACCAACCACUGAUCCUGCAAUAAUUUAUGAUAAGGCAGCGAAACGAAUGCGUGAUACUGGCUUGGACUGCACAUGGAUCAACGCUCGGGUGUACUGCGAACACGGUGGAUCAUUGUCUGACAGUCGGAAUCUCUAUCAGUUUCAUCCAGGCUUCCUGGCUUCUGUCACAAAGCUGGUAGAAUCACGUGCAGGAUAUAUAGGGUGUUGCGAGCAGCUGCCGGCAUUUACUCAAAUCUGGUGUGCUCGGAAUGAGCCUAUAACGAAGCGUGAGCCGCCUACUAGCUACUGUAGAGUGGUUAAUUUAUCGAAUAAACCGCUCAGUGGGGGCUUAAAUUUUACUGAGAAAACGGUUGAAAGGGAGGGAGAAAUUUUACCUAGCGUUGAAUCUGUGUUUCAAAAAUUUCGCCAAUGGAGGCCGAGAAGCUGUAGGUACAGGUGUUUGCAGUCCUUAAGGCCCAGCAGCCAGAAGCUCUUGCAGAAGCUCUUGCCAGAAGCUGUUGAAUUGCAGACCAAAGAGCGUUACACAUCCUAA